AUGCCAACUAAUGGUUAUUUUGGUGAUGAUAAAGAAAAAGUCCAAGAGAAUGACUCUAAUAAUGGCGGGGGAGGGAAACCUGAUCCUCAACCAAAAGAACCUGAAGAAACUACUAUUAUUGAUUCAAUCACUUUCGUUGUCGAUAAAAUAAGAACAAAUCCAUCUAAGA